AUGGCUCGCCUGCAACUCCUCUCUCUCUUCGCCAUCCUGGUCGCCGUCGUCGCCCCCGAGCCCGAGAUUCCCACGCCAACUCCCACGCUCACGCCCACCCCGGAGCUGGAGACGCCCACGCCUACCCCGAAGCCGGAGACUCUCACGCCCACGCCUACCCCCGAGCCGGAGACUCCCACUCCUACCCCGGAGCCAGAGACUCCCGCGCCUACACUCACACCCGAGCCAGUCCUCUGUGUUCAUGAAUCAUCAGGCGCAUCAGGACCUGGUGUCAUAGUCCCUGGGCUGUAA